AUGGAGAACAGCACAGAGGUGAAUGCGUUUAGACUCUUGGGACUGACAGACACCCCAGAGCUACAGGUCCCCCUCUUCGUAAUAUUCACUCUCAUCUAUCUGAUCACGCUCAUGGGAAACCUUGGGAUGAUCGCGUUAAUUCUGUUGGACUCUUGCCUGCACACGCCCAUGUACUUCUUCCUCAGUAACCUGUCCCUGGUGGACUGCGCUUACUCCUCGGCUGUCACCCCCAAGGUGAUGGCGGGGUUCCUCACAGGGGGCAAAGUCAUCUCCUACGGGGGGUGCGUUGCGCAGAUGUUCUUCUUCGUCGCUUUUGCCAGUGCAGACUGCUUCCUGCUGGCUGUCAUGGCUUAUGAUCGUCACACCGCCGUGUGUAAACCCUUGCGUUACACCAGCAUCGUGACGCCCCGGGUGUGUGUUCAGAUGUCCGUGGGCUGCUACGUCUGGGGCUUGGUUGAAUCCGCCAUCCACACUGGCUUCACCUUCUGCCUGUCCUUCUGCCGCUCCAACGUGGUCCAUCACUUUUUCUGUGAUAUCCCUGCAAUCCUGGCUCUUUCGUGCUCUGAUAUCUCCAUCAACGAGAUAGUGCUCUUUAUCUUAGCAGCUUUCAAUGUCUUGUUCGCCCUAACAGUUAUCUUGACCUCCUAUCUGUUCAUAUUCAUCGCCCUUCUGAGGAUGCGCUCAGCAGAGGGGCGGAAGAAGGCCCUCUCCACCUGCGCCUCCCACCUCACUGCUGUCUCCAUCUUCUAUGGGACUGUCAUCUUCAUGUACCUACAGCCCAGCUCCAGCCACACCCUGGACACCGACCAAACGGCAUCUGUGUUCUAUACAAUCAUAGUCCCCAUGUUGAACCCUCUUGUCUACAGUCUGCGGAAUAAAGAGGUUAAUAAUGCUUUCAGAAAAGCCAUGAAGAAGAUGAAGGUUCUGCUCAGCACAUAA